AUGUCUCGACAUAGCCAACAUCAAACAGCUAACCAAUCUCAAUGGCCCAAAGCGACCCGUGAUACAAAGUUCGAGAAUGACGAAGAUUCAAUUGUCAAAGACCUCAACGCUAAGAAGCAGUGUCAAAAAUUCCCAUCACGCCCACACUAUGGAAAGGGCGCGUCAGUUACGCUCUGGACUAACUAUGUUGCAAUGAGCGUAGGGGACCUGGAGUUGUACCGAUAUAAUAUCGCAAUUAGCCCAGAAUGUAACCGACGAAGAAACAUUCAGGUUAUCAAAUUAUUCCUUCAGUCGCUAUCUACGGUUCAAGAUGCACGGGGCAUCAUUACUGAUUUUAGGUCUAUCCUUCUAUCACUAAAUAAGAUUGAAUUGCCCGGUGACUCUUGCGAGAUCGUGUAUCGUGCCGAGGACGAAGCUCAACCACGCAUGGGCGCAAAGCAGUAUACCGUCACGCUUAAGUUCGAGAAGGUCCUCUCCGUAUCUGACCUUACUGAAUAUGCCAACUCCACCGAUAUCUCAACAAUCGACGAUAUCAAAAUGGACAUAGUACAAGCUUUGAAUAUUCUAUUCAAUCACUACUCAGAGAUCACAGAUAGCCUUGCUACUUCCGGGUCAAAGAAGCUUUUCCCCAUUGGAAAUUCCAGGGACAGGCGUGACCUCGGCGGUGGUUUAGAGGUGAUAAUGGGCUACUUCACGAGUGUCAGAUGGAUUACUUCCCGUUUCCUUCUAAACGUGAAUGUCUGCCGCGCAACAUUCUAUAAACCCAUUAAACUCAACGAUUUGAUAAGGGAAUACCGAGAGAAGGUAGCACUGUCAGAUCUUCGUCUAGCAUUCUUUCUGAACGGGCUUAGAGUGCAAGUAGAUCACCUUAAUAGAACCAGCAAGGACCGACACGCUGCUUCUAGAAUUAGGACAAUUCGGGGCCUUGCUACGACAAGAGAUGGACAGAAUCUGGAACAUCGGCCGAUAGUAGGUCGACUCGGCGCUGACUCUAAGGAAGUGAGAUUCUGGAUGGAGUCAAAAGGAGCUUAUAUGAGUGUCUAUGACUACUUCAGAGAAAGAUAUAAUAUAAGCCCAAUUCAGGGGCCGGUCAUCAACGUCGGGACGUCAGAGAACCCCACAUACCUCGUUCCUGAUGUCUGCACGGUAUUGCCCGGAAAGGUUGCGAGGACCAAAUUAACACCCGAUCAAUCGCAGAGCAUGAUUGACUUUUGCACUGGUGGCCCCUUGAGAGAUACGACGAAUAUUCAAGGGACUGGACUGACAUCAGUUGGACUUAGAGGCAGAAACCCAACUUUGGGCCGUUUCAAUAUCCGAUUUCCACAGGAACAUGCUCUGCCAAGCCUAAUAACAGUUCCUGCCCGUAUUUUGCAAGCAGCAAGUGUCUUUUACCGGAACGGAAGUACCAGGUUAAACGAACAUAACAGAUCCUGGAAUCUUCGAAAUGUACAAUUCACCACGACCUUCGCAAUGGGAAGAUGGUCGUAUGUGGUCAUGGGAGACAGUCAAGGGCAAAACCAGUUCAAGGGGAGUAGAGAACGCAAUGAUCUGGAAAACAUGUUCAAAAGUGCUGCCAUGGGGGUUGGAAUUAGAUACACAGAGCCGGUGGAACUGGGCGCGGACUCUACGAUUACCAUUCAAGACGUAAAAGACAUCCCGCGGAUUUUUCAUGCCCCUGUAGCAAAUAAGUUGAACUGGCUCCUCGUCGUCUUGCCUAAAAAGGCUCCGGCGCCAUUUUACAACUCCAUCAAGAGGAUUGGCGAUCUCCACGCCGGCAUUACGACGAUUUGCAUUGACGGUGGUAAGCUACGCAAAACCAAGUUUCCUGAUCAAUACCUGGCCAACGUCUGUAUGAAGCUCAAUCUAAAGCUCGGCGGGAACAACCAACGCGUCCGAUUCCAGGACUUUUCCUCGCUCAACUUCAAUGAGACUAUGAUAGUGGGCAUCGACGUCACCCACCCAUCACCUUCGUCCGACAAAAAUGCACCUAGCAUCGCUGCCGUCGUUGCGACAAUCGACUCCUCUAUGGGCCAAUGGCCGGCCGUGAUUCGGCGACAGACACAGGCCCGACAGGAAAUGGUAUCGAGACUCGCAGAUAUGCUCAGGUCGCGGCUUGAGCUUUGGAAAAAGACCAGCAAAGUCUACCCGAGGAACAUCAUAGUCUAUCGCGACGGCGUAUCAGAAGGCCAAUAUAACACCGUCGUUGAUAACGAGCUCCCUCUGUUGAAAGAAGCGUGCAACAGCAUCCCAGCCUACAAGCAGAGGCCCCCGCUCCUUACCGUAAUCAUCGUCGCAAAGCGCCACCACACGCGGUUCUACGCAUCCGGCGCCGCGCCGUCCAACCCUGGCCCGGGGACCGUCGUCGACCGCGGCGUGACGGAGGCGCGGCACUGGGAUUUCUACCUGCAGCCGCACCACGCGAUAAAGGGGACCGCGCGCCCGAUCCAUUACUUCGUGGUGCAUGACGAGAUAUUCGGCAAGAUGCGCAACGCCGCCGGGGAGCUCGAGGGCCUGACGCAAGGGCUAUGCUACAUGUUCGGCCGCGCCACGAUGCCGGUUAGCGUGUGCACUCCCGCGUACUACGCGGACAUAGCGUGCGAGCGGGCGCGCUGCUAUCUCGACCGGUUGUUUGACAAUCCGGGUGAGUGGGAAGGGGAAGUUCACGAUCAGCGUGAUACCCCAUCUGAUUCCGGGAUAAGGCUUCAUGCUAAUAUUAGAGAUACUAUGUUUUAUAUCUGAGUCUG